CCUCUGCCGUUCUCGUGCAGAUGGAAACUUCAUAUGUAAAGCUCUGUUGUGCUGAAUUCCACAUGAAUGCACAAGGCAUGAGCGCAAUCAGCGAGUAAGAUCCCAGUAAAAACCGCCUCUACCGGAAGAUGGUACAGUUUCAGCUGUGGCUUAGACAGAGAUACGUUCAGUCGUGGCCUCAUUCAUACACUACUGUUGUAACACUCGCAAGGUUUUUGGACAACUUUUAAGUGAUGAAAAAUGUCUCUACAUGUUUUCAAUGGAUCUUAGCAGUUGAUGUGAGAAUUGACUAAUGUUUUAUUGAAAGGGUAUAAAUAAUAUUCGUCAUUAUGAGUGGAAAACGAGUUUCCCAUCGGAACGGUAAUAAUCCGGACUACAAUAUCGUCCUGUUAGGAGAACUUGGAGUAGGAAAGUCAGCUCUAACAGUGAAGUACAUAACACGGCGGUUCAUCAUGGAGUAUGACCCCAACAUUGAGGACACCUAUACAAAGCAUGAAGACAUAGACGGAACAGAAAUGUGUAUUCACGUCAUGGAUACCUACGAUAAAGAAGACAGCGACCCCUUGCGGUAUCUACGAUGGGCAGACGGCUUCAUGGUGGUGUACGGGAUCACAAGCCGACAGAGUUUUGAUAAAGCGCGGGAAUAUUUAGAGAGUGUCACACAAUACCUCAAAGCCAACUCCAAAGAUUCGCCUGUGGCCCUGGUUGGAAAUAAAAUAGAUCUCGAACGAUAUCGGCAAAUUAGUAAAGUAGAAGGAAACACGCUAGCACAAGAGUUUGAAAGUUUAUUUUUCGAGACAACGGCAGCUGAGGAGUUUGAGUACGUUGAAGAUGUGUUCCAUGGGAUCAUUCACGAGAUACAGCGUGAGAAAGGAGAUCGUCACGUGAACUUUCAACCUCUGUUCAUUUCUGAAGAAAAAUUCCAUGCCGCUCAAAGGCGCCCCAAAUCACCUCGGGCCGGACCGGACAAAAAGGACGAAAAGGGACCUACCAAGAAAAACAGUUCUAGUUUCAAACUUUUCAACAAAAGUUUUAAGAUAUUUAAUUAAAUUGACAUGUAGCUAAGUGGAUUACGUGGAACAUUCAAAGACACUACUGUACAGAGUGUCUAAAACCUGUGAUAAGUUUAAUUAAAUUAUUGUGUGUAUUAAUAUAACUUUUAAUUUAUUUCUCUUAAUAUGUUUUGUUAAUGUGUGUCCUCAACUCGUAUUUGGUACUGACCGAUACGAUCAAAAUUUCUUGUAUGUUUUUGUCACCGACAGGCAACCUUAUCGGCUUGUUUCGUCCAGAACCUAGCGGGCUUCGUUCAGGACGGCAUGAGUUGAAUUUCGUUUCCAACAUAUUAAGUUCAUACAUGUUUUCAAUUGUGUUGUCUUGAUAACUGGGCGGUGCAUGAUUACUGCCCCUAGCUGGGUGCUAGUGCUACUUUAAUAGUCUAUCAUUAAUGCAUACACACACGACGUGCUGUUUUGAAAAUGGUGUUGACAUUCGGUGAGCUCACUUUAAUUUCAACACCACAUUAUUCUAUUAACCUAAAUAAGAUCAUAAUUUAAAUACAUAUUGAGGAUAUAAUAUUCUUAUCGCAGGAAUUUAAUUAUUUUGUGUGUCUGGCUGAAGUACAAGUUUAAUUUAUUGAAAUACUAUUACUUUUCAAUUAAGGUCUUACCAUAGCCUAGACAUUAUACAAUUCUCACUGACAAGUUGAGCGCAACAUAUGUGGGAGAUUUCUGGCAAUCAUUUCGGAGCAUUGCCAGAAUUUUCAGCAUUGUUUAGGAGGUUUGUGGAACCUCAAUUAAAAAUGUAUUGUUGAUACACGUUCUUCCACAGAAAGAAAUAGCUCUUCGUCGGUAUACAUGAUCAGCGCCCGAUUUGGAAUCUAUGAUCUGGACAAUGGUCAAACACAUGUAUAUAACAUUAAAUGUAAUCAUGUUUUACUUGGCAGUCGGGUUAACGUCCAAUUCAAAUUCAUUAAAUCUUCUGGUGAUUUCCAUUAAGUCAUUGAUAUCCAGGGUUACAGUCAUGGUUACAUUGUAUAAGUACAGUCUUGUAUGUACAAUUCAUUACUGGGACAUUGCAUGUCAUUUCAGUUUAACAUCUGAUUUUAAUCUGUUCAUUAUUAUUUGCCACGUGACGAUAUAAAACAUCUAUCUAUUGAUAGUCAUACUUACACCAUAUUAUUAAUUGAGUCGUCCAUUAACUGGUUAAUACACUCUAGAAUUCAAUAUCGGACUUAAACUGGCUUUGUAACAAAAGACAUCCAUUAUUAGUUCAUGAAUCGUUUAGUAUAAACGGACAGUCUCAAUUAAUUUCAGCCUAGUCAUUAAAUGUUAGGCUGUGUAACAAUGGAUUCUGAUAGUCUUCCAUGAAUUCGUUGACUGUUGAUUUUGUACCGACGUACUUCUGUCAGUUACAUUUGUAGGGACUAGGACUACUCCACAAAAAUCUAUAGUCAUGAACCAGUUAUCUCCCCUUUCCGACACGCAUUAUGAUCUUUUAACUCUAUAUGCCAAAUUCAUCACAACAUACAUGUAAUUUACAUUUCAUGAGAACCUUACUUUUGAUGAUGUAUAACUUUAUUGUCUAUUUAAGGAAAUUAUUUAUGUGAAAGAUUUCAUGGAUGAAAGUGUCGGAUUAAUAAAAUCAACUAUGGAAGUGUCAAUAUUGUUACUGAAAACUUUCAUCAACGAUUAACAAUGAACGAAUGUGCCAUACAAUGAAUAAAUGUGCACAUUUUCUUGUUUUUUCAACACAUCAAUAUAGUAACAGGUAUAUCAUUGAAUUGGAGAGAGCCUAGUAAGUUGUUAUAUAACUUGUGCCCAAUCCCUUUGAAAGAUAUUCAAUAAAAUAUGUUUGAAUGAAAAA